CCUCCGCUCCUGCGGCUCCCGCCGAGGCCGCGGCCGCGCGGGGGAGGCGCCGUCCCUGCCCCGCCACAGGUGCAGCCGGAGCCCGAAGCGCCGCGUCCUCCCGGAGACCCCGCACCGAGCCGAGAUGCCCCGACAGUUUCCAAAGCUGAACAUCUCGGAGGUUGACGAGCACGUGCGACUUCUGGCGGAGAAGGUCUUUGCUAAAGUUCUGAGGGAAGAAGACAGCAAAGAUGCACUGUCACUCUUCACUGUGCCUGAGGACUGCCCUAUUGGGCAGAAGGAGGCCAAGGAAAGGGAACUGCAGAAGGAACUGGCAGAACAGCAGUCCCUGGAAACAGCUAAAAGGAAGAAAAGUUUCAAGAUGAUUCGAUCCCAGUCUUUGUCAUUACAAAUUCCAUCUCAGGAAUGGAAAGCACCACCCGCCAAUCCUGUCCUGUCUCCAGCAACACCAGUUCUUCCAAGUGCUUUUGUGCCAGUCCAAGUGCCAUAUGAUGUACCAGAAUUCCAGAGAGUUUCAAUUAGUGGGGACUACUGUGCAGGGGUGACAGUUGAUGACUAUGAACAAGCUGCCAAGAGCCUGGUGAAAGCUCUUCUCAUUCGAGAGAAGUAUUCCCGCCUUGCCUACCAUCGCUUCCCGAGGACAACGUCUCAGUACCUGUGCAGCAUGCGGGAUGAAAAAUGGAAGGUUGAAGAUGAAGUGUGUCCAGAUUUCCAUUCACCCCCAGAAGAAAAUGAAGAUCCUUACAAUCUUGAUGAUGCUCCAGAUAACUUGGAUUAUGUUAUCAAGCUGAAAGGUGGAAUUCCCUUUGUUUAUGAUAACAAGGAAAUGAUGGAGCUCAAUGAGCCUCGGAGUUUGCCGUAUCCUGACCUGGAGACCUACACCCUUGACUUGAGCCACGUUCUUGCUCUGAUUGCAGAUGGUCCAACAAAAACAUAUUGUCACCGGAGGCUUAACUUUUUAGAGUCUAAAUUUAGUUUACAUGAGAUGUUAAAUGAAAUGUCGGAAUUUAAAGAACUAAAGAGUAAUCCCCAUCGAGACUUUUAUAACGUGAGAAAGGUUGAUACUCAUAUCCACGCUGCUGCUUGCAUGAACCAGAAGCACUUACUGAGGUUUAUUAAGCACACCUAUCAAACGGAGCCCGACAGGAUUGUUGCAGAGAAAAAAGGCAGGAAGAUGACUUUAAAGCAAGUCUUUGAAAGCCUUCACAUGGACCCCUAUGACCUCACUGUGGACUCUUUAGAUGUCCAUGCAGGUCGUCAAACAUUUCAUCGAUUUGACAAAUUCAAUUCCAAGUACAAUCCAGUUGGUGCCAGUGAGCUGAGGGACUUGUAUUUGAAAACUGAGAACUACAUUGGUGGUGAAUAUUUCGCUCGUAUGGUCAAGGAAGUAGCCCGUGAACUAGAAGAAAGUAAGUACCAGUAUACAGAACCCCGCUUAUCCAUUUAUGGACGGUCUCCAGAUGAAUGGCUGAACUUGGCAAAAUGGUUCAUUAAGCAUAAAGUUUAUUCCCCUAAUAUGCGCUGGAUAAUUCAGGUUCCCAGAAUCUAUGACAUAUUUAGGUCUAAAAAUAUUCUGCCUAGUUUUGGGAAGAUGUUGGAGAACAUCUUUUUACCUUUGUUUGAAGCAACAAUCAAUCCCAAAGACCACAAAGAAUUGCACCUAUUCCUUAAAUAUGUGACUGGCUUUGACAGUGUUGAUGAUGAAUCCAAGCACAGUGGCCAUAUGUUCUCUGACAAGAGCCUUAACCCUGACCUCUGGACCAGUGAGAAGAAUCCCCCAUAUAGCUAUUAUUUGUAUUAUAUGUAUGUGAACAUCAUGUUGCUAAACAACCUUAGGAGGGAAAGAGGCAUGUGCACUUUCCUGUUUCGCCCUCACUGUGGAGAAGCUGGGUCUAUCACACACCUUGUGUCAGCCUUCCUGACUGCAGACAACAUCUCCCACGGAUUGCUCUUGAAGAAGAGUCCUGUCCUCCAGUACCUUUAUUAUCUUGCACAAAUACCCAUUGCCAUGUCUCCACUUAGUAACAACAGCCUAUUCCUGGAGUACUCCAAAAAUCCACUAAGGGAAUUUCUCCAUAAGGGACUACAUGUCUCUCUCUCCACAGAUGAUCCGAUGCAGUUUCAUUACACAAAGGAAGCUCUCAUGGAAGAAUAUGCCAUUGCAGCCCAGGUGUGGAAACUGAGUACCUGUGACUUGUGUGAGAUAGCCAGAAACAGCGUCCUACAGAGUGGAUUGUCAGAUAAGGAAAAACAGAAGUUCUUAGGGGUGAAUUAUUGUAAAGAAGGGCCUGAGGGAAAUGACAUUCGAAAGACAAAUGUUGCACAGAUCCGGAUGGCCUUCAGGUACGAGACACUGUGCAAUGAACUCAGUUUCCUGUCAGAUGCCAUGAGAACAGAAGAGAUUUCUACUCUGUCAAAGUAGCUAUGAACUCAGAGAAACCAGAACAUUUCACCCCUACGCAGGAUAAGAUGCUAAUUAACAUCAAAUCAUCUGUCUGUGAUGCUGCCAGGACAGAACUGAGCAGUACAGAGAAAAAAGAGAGUAUCUGUGGAAGGUAAACAGUGUUUGCUGCCGUCUUCUCCUGCAUUAUUCUCAUUGCAAAGGUUUCAGUUUCCAGGAACAUUAGGCUUUUUAAAAUUGCUGUAAAUAUUAAAUGCAAACUUAGAAUCACGUAAUAUUUGUUUCAUACUGUCUUAACUGUGCCCUGCAUUGUAGCUUGGGAAACAAGAGAGAACAUCCAUAGUGCAUCUGUGACAUGCACCUGAGGAUGCCACAGAUGCUGACAGUACACAUGCACCUGGCUUUGUCCUGCAAGCCUCGGUACCAAUCAUGGCAUUUAGCACUCCUAAGUUUAACCCUUUAUUCAUUAACACUUUGUAUGGGGUGCAUAAUUUUAAGGCUACCCUUUCAUUCUGGAGGGUGUUCUGACACAGUUUUUAACUUAAUGUUUCAGCAGUUAUAUUGGAAAACAAGGAAAACCAAAAUCAGGUAAUCUUGUUCGGUGACUAAUUAAUUACUUCCUGUUAUGUAGGAUGUCAGUGAAGAACAACAGAUGAAUGCUUUUUAAUCUAGCAAGUACAAAACAUGGUGUCAAAAUCACUAUUGUACACUGUAAUGAGCCUAAUUAUAUCAUGACAAAUUUUGCCUUGAAAGUUGACAACACUUUUUUUAUUGCUUUGUAAUGGGAAUAUGUGGAUAUGCCAGUUCAAAUUACUUAGAAGUUUAUGCAGAUAAUUUUGGUUGCAUGUAAAGGGAAAUUUUUUACUUGAAAAAAGGAAGUGUUCUUAUGAAUCAGUGGUAGAAACACCAGACCUGGGUUCUGGUCCUACUUCUGACAUAUUUUUACACCUUUGUUUUAGUCUGUAUUUCAGUCGAUCAGAGCUGAAUGGGAAGUCAAGCUGUCUAUUUAUACAGAAGUUAUUCCACUUGAAAUCUGUCGUUUCAAAUCAUGUCGUGUUAAACUAUUUAUUUGUGAUGGAGCAGUUAGUAAAAUACAGCUACUGGAAUAUUUAUCACUUUUAAUCUCGUUUCUAUUUGAUCAUCCUUAAGACACAGUACUACUCAUUCAGAAAGGAUUAAAGGUAAUACCAUGAUGGCAUCUGUGUAUUGUAGAAGCUGCAGUAGUUCCACACCACAACAGAUUCGAGGCCAGGGGCAGCAGUGGGUCCUGUGAGUCCAACCUUGCACUGCUCAAUUCAAAGGCCUGCAGUCCCUAAGGUAGGACUUUGGGACAUUUUUUUAAUGGACCUGCUGUCCUGAUUGCAGGGAAAUGGCACUAAAGGGAAGGAGGAAUGAAUUCCUUAUCACCUCCUAUAGCUGUGCAGCCCUGCAAGAGCCCCAUGAGAGAGAGAGAAACCUAAAGACUGUUAGGAAGCAGCCUGGAAAUAAGGCUGCUCUGAGGGAGAUCGAGACACAGGAGGAGAGUUCUGGUUCCUCCAGUCACUGUCACAGGCAGCCAGUGUCAUGCACAGUGAUUGCACAUGUUCUUCAUCCAAAAACAGGGCUGCACACAAGUGGUGGGAGACUGGACUUAGGCUCUUCAGUGCCCCAGCAUAAAGUCUGCAGUGUACAACUAGUGCCAGGUUUUCUAUUCCUUGUACACCUAAAAAUCACAUGCAACCAUGUAAUGCUGCUCAGCUGUAUGAGAAUAAAAUGGUCCAAAGUUCUUAGUCAGCAGUGCCUGUUGGCCUCACCGUUAGAAACUUUAGCAGCUCAUAUAAAGCAAUCUCAGGAUUGGUGAGUGUAAUUGUUCUUAGGAUGAAGUCUGAAAACGUGGUUCAAGUAUUUUAGCUGCAUAAAAUGCAGAUAUCUUGUUUUCAUCAGUACAACUGCCUAAUAAAUUUUUAUCAACAUAACAUAAUUUACUUGGGAAAAGCAUCUGCAUCCAGGCUAAAUAAGCAACACGACUGGUUGAAGAAUUUCAGUUUUAAGUAUUUCCAUCUGAUAAACAUUGCUUUACUCGGGUUGUUUUACCUGAAGAUCACUAUCAGUGUUGCUUUUGUUGUCACAUUUCUUACUAUUAUACCACAUUUAUGUAUGUUUAAUACCUUUUCAGCUUUCCUUACCUCAAACACAUCAGGUUUUAAUACGUCUGUAGCUCUUAUUAAAAAAAAUAAAAAAAAGGAAAACUGGAUUUGAAUAUUCAGUUGAUGGACAGAAACUGGGAUUUUGACAAUAACCACAAUAACACAGAAGUGGUCACGACCACAAGUUCUGCUUUCUGUGCUUCCUUGUGUGCUGCUUUUAAGGAUAAACUGGGCUAAUAGUAUUAUAUUUGGGGAAACAAAGCAACAUCCUUUCAAGCUUCCACUACUACAUCUCUUCUGGUCAUCUGUUAAUUAGGCAAAAGUUAUUCAUUCCCAAGUUCAGUUCUUCAUCUUUGCCGCCUUUUCUUUUUAUAAAGUUGCACUUUUGUGCUAAUGGGAGGCUGCUCCCAAUAACCUCGUGGUCUCAGCUGUGGCUGGAAUGAAAGGGAGAUCCAGUGUGAGUCACUGCUGUCCACACUGGCUCAAAGGCAGGACAGGGCAGUGGCUCAUUCCUCCCAACAGUGCUGAGGGUCAAACCUGGUUACAACACAGCCUGUUUGACUCACACUGAAAGGGACUGAAAGAACAUCACUGUGGGUGGGGAAUGGGGUAAAUGUGGCUUCAGACUGGAAGAAUAUCGUGUUUUCUCUUAUUUGCACUGGAGGUAAGGUUCCAACAUUAUUCAAGACUUCCUUAAAUCUGUUGGCUCAGAGCAUUUUAUACCUUCACCUGAAAUGGUUAAUUAUGGUUAUUUGAUGUUUACAGCCUAUCUACCUGAACAAUUUCCAGUGAUUCUUUUCUGUUCUGUUACUGUAGCAAACUUCAGGCAUUUGCUCUGCUAUGGGAUAAUAAUUUUUUUUCUCACCCCAUAGUCACCUUAUCUUCUCAUAUCAUUGUUCUUAUGUGGCUAAACCUUUCUGUUCUCUUUGCCUAGUUAAAAUGCAAGUCUGAAAAGGUGUCUGUAAAAACUGCUUCUUCUUUCUGUGCCUGGGUUAAAUGAUGUUUAUCUUUUGCCUCUUGUGGAAGCAUUAAACUAAUGAAUUGUCAAGGAA